AUGUCCGGUGACGCUGGCGUGCCGGUGGAUAGCGCCGCCCAGGCUUUGGUCCUCGGCACCGCAGAUGAGGACCUGGAGCCUUGUGACGCUGGCGUGCCGGUGCAGAGCACCGCCCAAGCUUUGGUCCUCGGCACUGCAGAUGAGGACCUGCAACCUUCACAGCUGACGCAGUCCCAAGGCGUAGGGCCUGUGGAGUCAGAUGAGCGCCUGGGGUUUGCCUUUCGGCCCUCGCGAGAGACAGCAGACAGACGGUCUGAUCCAGCCCAGUUGAUCCUGAGCAAGCUUCAGGAAUGCGCCAGUGAUGUAGACCUUGGUGCAGUGUCGGAGCCCGUCCAGCUCUUCCUCGAGUGCGAGACGGACCAGAAGCUGUACCAGGCGACGUUCGCAAUGCUUGAGCGCGUCACUGCCUCCAAGAAUACGUUGGUGGAGGUUGGCGACGACUCCGCGUUCGACAUCAACCUCCUGGCUCCGGUGCCGAUCAUCACAGCGGUGCAGACCAUGUGCAAGGCACAGGGCUGGUGCGCCGAGGCAGCCCUGCAAGGCCUCUUUACUGUCACCGGCUGGCUGGAGCACGUGGACACCAGGAUCCAGAUCUCGGAGGGUGAGGAGCAUGCCAGAACACCCACCUUGGCAGCGUUCUUCGGUUCGCGGGCAAGCAACCGCAAGAGCUCCAUGCAUAAGUGGCUACUUCAAGAGCUGCUCGACAUCGACACGCUGCCGCACGGCGUCAAGGGCUCGGCGGCAAUCGCUACCGACGCGACCAUCAAAGGUCACCGCAACAACCUGUACAAUUACAGACGCUCAGGCCUCUCUUCGACGGAGCUGAGCGAGACCUACAAGACGUCGUGGACCGACCCAUCCAUCCCGCAAGCCAAGCUGGCGGCCAAGUCUCUCAUCAACAAGUUCGUGCACUCAGAGCGCGAUGCCUCCCUCACCGGAGCAAUGGUGGACGACAACUCCAACUAUAGCUUCUAUCAUUGGAUCAUCGGACACGUUCAGCCGCUAUCGGAGGUUCUGUCUUUGAGGAAGGGGGCCGAAGUCGGCUUCCCGAAACGUUUCCACAUCGUCGUGAAGGGCAUGAAGCCGGCCACGAUACCGGAGCAGGAGUGUCUAGAGUCCAAGCAGUUCCUUGCCGACUUCAUUGUCUUCAUGGCCGAGAGAGCCACGCAGGGGGAUGAGCCCAACAAAGGCGCCACGGUCACGUGCGAUGAGUUCGCUGCCGGCUGGCUCAGGCUCAUCCAGCAAUGCGUUGACGACUUCGCAGAGUCGGUGAGCCUGCCGGAGACGUGGUCCCAGAAAUUGGACUAUGCGGACAGCGACGUGCUUCGCAUCAGCAACAUCGUCCGAAGGAUGCGUCAGUUCCUUCGGCUCCGCGCCGGGCUUGGCUUCGAGGACAAGCCCAUCGGCAUCCGCGACAUCCAGUACGGCAUCCACUCCUGGUCCCGCCAGCUGGAGUUCUACUCCGGCCUGGUGGUUGCUGCUGACAAGGCCGGGGCUGAAGCUACGUCUACUGGGCCCGCCCAAGGUCAGGAUGCUUCUCACCUCUGCAUGAAGUGGGUCUUGCAGAGCACUCCAAGCACAACUGAGGUGCAGAGCACGAAGGAUGUCAGGAAAAAGCUCAAGGGUCGUCUGCAGGCCUUGUGUGAUCGUGGAGCCAAGGGAGACCGCAAGAAGAAGGUCAACGGUCCCGCCAACACCUUGCUACAAGCUGUUCGAGACCUUGCCUCGCAUUCCCUUCUGGACAUUGUCCCAGGGCAAGGCGGUGGCCAUGCGACAUUGACCUUUCGUAAGAGGAAGUGGUCGGACAUCACAGAUUGCCAGGACUCCAGAGACAUGUGCAAGUCCUUGCGCGUUGGUAGUGAGCUCUUCCCGUAG